AUGGCGCCCGUAUGGCCGAUGGCGCCCGGCGUCCCUCUAAACGCCGCCCUGUCUCUCCCCAGACGAGCAGCUGAGCCUGCUGCGGGUGGCGUGGGUCUGGAGGCCGAUGGAGACCGAUGGCGCCCGUUUGGCCAGCCAGUGGCGCCCGUUUGGCCGAUGGCGCCCGUUUGGCCGGCCAGUGGCGCCCGUUUGGCCGAUGGCGUCCCUCUAAACGCGUCCCUCUCUCUCCCCAGACGAGCAGCUGAGCCUGCUGACGAGCCGCUGAGCCUGAAGUCCCCCUCCACCUCCCUGGGCUCGGACCUGACCUCGUCGGGCUCCUCCUCCUCCUCCUCGCCCGCCUCCCUGCAGGACUGCCAGCCGCCGCUGGCGCCACGCCCGUCGCCGGGGGCGCCGCGCCCGUCGCCGGGGGCGAUCCACGGGCCCUCCCUGCCCAGCGAGAGCUCGCCGCCCCCCCACUGGCCCAGCCACGCCGCCCCCUUCGCCACCUCCCUCCCCAACACGCACUCCUCGCUCUCGCCGGACUUCCCGCACCCGUCGCUGUCCUCGCAGACCCACUCGCCGCCGCCGUUGCCGGGGGCGACCGGUCAGGCGUCCGGCGGCGUUCCCGCGCACGCCGCCAUGACCUCGCCGACGGCCGGACGCCCGGCAACCGCCUCCUCUUCCUCCUCGUCCUCCUCGCAGCAGCCUAACCGGGACGGCGGCAGCCCGGGGGGGCGGCGGCGGGGAGCGGGGUCGCCGGGGGCAACGAUGGCGGCGGCGGGUCAGCUCGGCGUGCCGCCCACGCUGGCCGUGCUGCUGGAGGAGCUGCGGGUCCUCCAGCAGCGGCAGAUCCACCAGAUGCAGAUCACCGAGGAGAUCUGCCGCCACGUCCUGCGGCUGGGCGGGGCCUUCUUCACCCCCGACAACAACAAUGGCGGCGUCGGCAACAGCCAGAAGCCGCCGCCGACGUCGUCGUCCUCGUCCUCGCCGCCGCGCCCGGCGCCAUCUUCCUCCUCCUCCUCACUCCUGGCCGGGCUCCCGUCCUCCCUCUUCUCCCAGCCGGCCGGUUCCAAAUCCGGCGCCUCGCUGGUGAAUGGCGCCCGGGUGGCGUCCGCCUCCGCCUCGCCGUCCGCCGCCAUCUGCUCCACGGCGAGCGCGGCGGCGGCGGCGGCGGGCGCGGCGCCGCUCCACCCGCUGUCCCUCUCCCUCGGCCUGCCGCCGCGCUACCUCCACGAGAAGUCCUCCAACACCUUCGGCCCCUCCCCCUCCGUCUCUUCCUCCUCCUCCUCCUCCUCGGCGUUCCCCACCUCGCCGCAGGAGCUCCAGGUCGCCGCGGCGAUGGCGGCGGGCGGGCGCCCGCAGCACGUGUGCCGCUUCUGCGGGAAGGUGCUGAGCAGCGACUCCUCGCUGCAGAUCCACCUGCGCUCGCACACCGGCGAGCGGCCGUACCAGUGCCCCGUCUGCCUGAGCCGCUUCACCACGCGCGGCAACCUGAAGGCGCACUUCCUCCGCCAUCGCGAGCAGAACCCCGAGCUGUCGCUGUCCCUGUUGCCCCCGGCGCUGGCCGAGCAUGGCGGCCCGGCGCCACCGGCGCCGGCGUCCAGCGGCGCCCAGAGGAGGCGAAAGCGGCGCGCCGAGGACGAGGACGCCUACGGCGGCGUGAAGGGCGGCGUCCCCGGCAUGGCGGAGAGCGUCGCCAUGGGGAUGCUGUCCGGCCGGGCGCCGCCCGCCGCCAUGCCGCUCCCGCCCUCCGUGGACAUGGCGCUGCUGUCCACCGCCCACUCGCUGCUGCAGCUCAACCGGGCGGCGGCGGCGGCGGCCGCCAGCGCGUCGGGCGCCACGCCCUCCUCUUCCUCCUCCCCCUCCUCCUCAUCCUCCUCUUCCUCCCAGUUCAAAGGGGCCAAGCAGCAGCGGUUCGACGAGAACACGCCGCCGCACGCCGCCCUGCACGCCGCCUCGCCGUACUCCCAGCUCGCCCACCUGCCCAAGAUCCUGUUCCCGGGGGGGGCCGCCCCGCACCACCUGGCGCUCCUCCGGGGGGCGCCGUCCCACCCGGGCGGCGCCGCCCACCUGGCCCCGCCCCCCCACCAGCUGCCCUUCCCCUUCCCGCCGUUCCCCAAGCCGCCGGGCUCCUCGCCGUCCUCCGCUUCAUCCGGCGCCGCCUCGGGCCAGACGUCCGACACGUCCAAGCUGCAGCGGCUGGUGCAGAAGCUGGAGAAGCAGCCGGUCGCCGGCGGCAACGGCGGCGGCAAUGGCGGCGUGGGCGGCGUCCCCUCCACCUCGGAGCCCGACGCCCACGACCUGACCACCGCCUCCAGCAGCUACCGGAGGGAGAUGCUCGCCGCUUUGGGCCUGGGGCCGGCCGUGGCGGGCCGUGGGGGCGCCGUCUCAGGCUCCGCCCCCACGCCGCCGUUGCCGGGCAACAACCAGUGCGGCGUGUGCCUGCGCGUGCUCAGCUGCCCGCGCGCCCUGCGGCUGCACCAGGCGACGCACCUGGGCGAGCGGCCAUUUCCCUGUAAGCUGUGCGGGCGCUCGUUCUCCACCAAGGGAAGCCUGCGGGCGCACCUAGCAACGCACCGCGCCCGCCCGCCCAACGCCCGCGCCCUCAACUCCUGCCCGCUCUGCCCGCGCAAGUUCACCAACGCGCUGGUGCUGCAGCACCACAUCCGCCUGCACCUAGGCGGCCAGAUCCCCCCCGACGACGGCGGCGAGGAAGAAGAGGCCACGCCCCCUGACGACGGCGGCGAGGAAGGGAGAGAUCAGAUAAAAGAGGGCACGCAGAUCCUCCCACUGGCACUGACCACGGGCCCCCCCAGGUCUCCGGCGGGGGGGGCCCCGGACCCGCCCCCCCCCGUCGCCAUGGACGCCGAAGUGGACUCGGUUAAGACCGAGGACUCUGAGGGGUCCACGCCGAUCUCCAGCCCCCCCCUGACCUCUGACCCCGCCCCACUCCUGGGGGGCGACCUGAGCCCCGUGGAGAAUGAGGAGACGUCUGGAGACGUCACCCCCGGCAACGCCACGCCCCAGCAGGGCGCCGCCCCCCCCUCUCAGGCGGAGCCCGAGGUGGACCCCCCCGCCAAGGAGGCCCCCGGCGUGCCGGAGGACCCCCCCGAGGACCGGGAGGCCCCGCCCCCCCCACCGGCGGUGGUGGGGCACAUGAAGACCCACCCGCCGACGGGUGACCCCCCGGAGGACCCCGGCCCCCACCGGAGCUCCAGACUGAGGGAGGAAAAGCCCCCGCCGGUCCCAGAGAAAGAUGGCGGCCCCAGCCCCCCCCCACCAGUCGGGGGGGGCCCCGACACGGCGCCCGAGGCCGCGGACGCCACCGCCUAA